AUGAAGGGCAUGGUUUCGGCCCUGCUGGCCGCGGGCAUUUCGGCCACCUUGCCUUCGAGUGCUCUCGGCAGUGUUGUUGUCAUCCGCAACGCUGAUUUCCCUGAUCCCAUUGAUGGCUUCAUCGGUCCCAUCCCCUAUGGAGAUGCCACCAUCAAUGCUCCGAUGGACGAGGACGGCAAGGACACCUACAUAGGCUUCAAGUUCUUCCCUGAGGCCCACAUCCCUCACCUGUGCGCUGCUCACUGUGUGAGCGUCACCAACUAUCAUCGCAAGCACCCCAAGCCUGAUGGCACCUACGACACUUGCAGAUUCUUCCUUGCCUACACCCUGUUUGAGAACGGAGUCCCCCAGGGUCUGUUCUGCUCGAUGUACACCCGCGAUCUUAUGCCACCAACCGCGGCGAGACUCGUGACCACCAUUGUCGCUCCCCCCACCACCACGGCAAAGCCCAACACCACUCAUAAGUCGGAGACUACCUCGACUGAUAAGUCGGAGCCCACCUCGACUGACAAGUCGGAGCCUACCGCUUACAAGCCCAACACCACUCAUAAGUCGAAGCUCACCUCGACUGACAAGUCGGAGCCCACCUCGACUCACAAGUCGGAGCCCACCUCAACUCACAAGUCAGAGCCUACCACUUACAAGCCCAACACCACUCAUAAGUCGAAGCCCACCUCGACUGACAAGUCGAAGCCCACCUCGACUCACAAGUCGGAGCCCACCUCAACUCACAAGUCAGAGCCUACCACUUACAAGCCCAACACCACUCAUAAGUCGAAGGCCACCUCGACUGACAAGUCGAAGCCCACCUCGACUCACAAGUCGGAGCCCACCUCAACUCACAAGUCAGAGCCUACCACUUACAAGCCCAACACCACUCAUAAGUCGGAGCCCACCUCGACUAACAAGUCGGAGUCUACCUCGACUGACAAGUCAGAGCCUACCACUUACAAGCCCAACACCACUCAUAAGUCGGAGCCCACCUCGACUGAUAAGUCGGAGCCCACCUCGACUGGCAAGUCGGAGCCUACCUCGACUGACAAGUCGGGGCCCACCUCGACUGGCAAGUCGGAGCCCACCUCGACUGGCAAGUCGGAGCCUACCUCGACUGGCAAGUCGGAGCCUACCACUUACAAGCCCAACACCACUCAUAAGUCGGAGCCCACCUCGACUGAUAAGUCGGAGCCCACCUCGACUGGCAAGUCGGAGCCCACCUCGACUGGCAAGUCGGAGCCUACCUCGACUGACAAGUCGGAGCCCACCUCGACUGAUAAGUCGGAGCCUACCUCGACUCACAAGGCGGAGCCUACCACUUACAAGCCUCCUACAACUCACAAGCCUAACACCACUCACAAGCCUAACACCACUCACAAGCCUAACACCACUCACAAGCCUAACACCACUCACAAGCCGGAGCCUCCUACCACUCACAAGCCUAAUACCCCUCACAAGCCGGAGCCUCCUACCACUCACAAGCCGGAGCCUCCUACCCCUCACAAGCCGGAGCCUCCUACCACUCACAAGCCUAAUACCCCUCACAAGCCGGAGCCUCCUACCACUUACAAGCCUCCUACCACUCACAAGCCUAACACCACUCACAAGCAUACCACCCCUCACAAGCAUACCACCCCUCACAAGUCGGAGCCUACCUCCACUUACAACUGGAAACCUACCACUCACAAGCAUACCCCCACUCACAACUGGAAGCCUACCAACACUUACAAGCCUACCACUCACAAGCCUAACACCACUCACAAGUGGAAGCCUACCACUACUGGCAAGCCCACGAUUACUCGGCUUACAAUCAGUCUUCAUCCCACCACCACUCACAAGACAAAUAUUACCAACCCCCGCCCGAUUAUGACCACGCUCCGCACAACGACAACCAAGCUGUUAAUGACCACGACUAAGCGCACCACCACCAUCACUCGCAAGCCCACAGUCAUGACAUUCACCACCCGCCGCACCGUGGUUGAGACUGGUCGUGUGAUUGCCACGCCCAUUGCUGCCAUCGCCCUUGAUGAUAGUGACUAAAUGGUGCGCCUCCGGUGGUGUAGGAUGUGUCAUGAUUGGACUCCACAAUCAUCUGUUCUCAACAUGGACUUGGGGCCUCUAUCCUCAUCUUCCAAGGGAUAAGCGAGGGCACUGAAUGGGGAGCAUGACAUGAUGAUGGCCUCUUGCCUGGGGGCAAGCAUGUCUGGAAUGACAGGAGGACGGGGUCGCACACACGCGCGCACGCCUUCAUGAAACGGGGGCGAGUAUUGUUAUAUCUUUUGAACAAAAGUCUGCCGGUGUAUCUUUUAUUACUUCUCUUUUGUGUUCUCUUCUUGCUCUCGUUUGGAACCACCCUUAUUUCUCUUCCCUCUCUUCUGAUUUGCCUGUUUUGUCAGUUCUCUUCCAGGGGCGUUGGUCGGCAUAAGGGAGGGAACGGUCUUGGGCUCGCUUGGCUUUCGGAAGGGGAAAGGGGUUAAGAUUUAUCCGACUUUUGGAUGCAAUGAGUUUUUCUUCUUCGGCUUUCCUUUUUUUUUUUUUUUUUUUUUGGCCGCUUCUGGGUGCAACUUCUCUCUGGCUGAAUUGCAGGCCCUCGAAGGAGUGUGCUGGUUUCAUUUUGGCGCAAGGAAAUACCAGAGACCACCCAUAUGAAAUGAUAUUAGGGACAAAUUCUAUUUCUGUACUUUAUUUUUCCCUACUAAAGACUAGGUUGACACGUACAGAAUUUUGAUCCGGUAUGGUCGAAGGCGACGCGCGUGGGUAUUUUGUACAUAGAUCUUGUAUGACUUGGAUGAUCGAGUUAGAUGAUUAUAGAACGUGAGUUUUCGUUUUCAAACAUUGACCUGGCUGUUGCAACUGUUGACUUGAUGCCAGUCCUUUUGGGAGUCAUAUUUGCAGAGAGCCUGAUAGCCAGCCAUGCCAUGAUAAAAUGCCGCUUUUCGCCCCUGACGCCAAAACAGUCAUGUCCUUCAAUGGGUCACUACGAACUAGCGGCGUGAAGGCGUUCGGCUAGCUGGAGAACGUUUCUAUAGUAUCUCUCGGCCUGGGUGUCAUUUUCGCCGAGGUGGUAGAGGUAUUCAUCACCCAUGUCUUCGAGUAACUUCAGGAGUUUGAUUUCGCGGUCUUGUCUGGUGGUAGUUGAGCGAAGGUACUGUUCGACAAAGCUUGCCAGGUUGUCGACAGAGUUAUGGUUGUUGUCUUUUGGAGGCUGGUCUGCUGGUUGAAGUUUCGGUUAACGUCCUGUAGAUGAGCCAUCCUCGAAAUUCCGACUGUCAAAACCCCUCAUUUGGAAAGGAUGCCUCAGCUCAUCCAGCCAUAGGUCUCGAUCUGGUGCCCAAUGUUGAGGCAAAAUUUGGAGUUUGCAAUUGGUUUGUCUAAUUUGCUGAUUGAACUACCCUGGUUUAAAUUUGCUAGCGGCUACGACGGCGAAUAACAUAGGUAUCUUCCUCGGAUGUCGUAGGUGCCGUGAUGCGAUCUCAAUGUUUCGGAUUCAGGAGUGACUGAC